AUGGGUGCACAAAGCCCCAAUAUCUAUACUCUACCCUGGCCAAUAAUCAUCAUCAACCAGCCAAUAUAUGACCCGGGCGGAACCGCACGUGCCGAGCCAAUAUUCCUACCAACUACACAAAAUAUAUUCCACCUCCAAUAUUCUGACCGCCAAAUUCCUCCGCCAAUAUCCCCGCCCGCCAAUAUUUCCUCCGCCAAUAUUCUCCCCUCGUCUCCCUUCCAAUUAUUCCUCCGCCAAUAUUCCGUCCGCCAAUCAUUCCUCCAACCAAUAUUCUUCUCCCUCCAAUUAUUCACCGCAAUAUUCCCGCCAAUUAAUUCCUCCACCAAUAUUCUCCUCCCAAUUUCCUUCACCAAUAUUCCUUCACCAAUAUUCCUGCCGCUAUUCCCGCCCGCAAAUAUUCCUCCACCAAUUAUUCCUCCCUCCGCCAAUUAUUCCUCCGCCAAUAAUUCCUCCGCCAAUAUUCCCCCGCCAAUAUUCCUCCGCCAAUAUUCUCCCUCCAAUAUUCCUCCACCAAUAUUCUCCCUCCAAUAUUCCUCCGCCAAUAUUCCUCCGCCAAUAUUCCCCCGCCAAUAUUCCUCCAAUCCAAUAUUCUCCCUCCAAUAUUCCUCCGCCAAUAUUCCCACCUCCGCCAAUAUUCUCUAUUCUCCCUCCAAUAUUCCUCCGCCAAUAUUCCCCCCCAAAUAUUCCUCCAUCCAAUAUUCUCCUCCAAAUAUUCCUGCCGCCAAUAUUUCCCCGCCAUCCUCCGCCAAUAUUCUCCCUCAAUAUUCCUCCACCAAUAUCUCCCCUCCAAUAUUCCUUCCGCCAAUAUUCCUCCGCCAAUAUUCCCCGCCAAUAUUCCCCACCAAUAUUCCCCCCAAUAUUCCUUCACCAUAUUCCUCCCGCCAAUAUAUUUCCUCCCCCAAUAUUCCUCCGCCAAUAUUCCCCGCCAAUAUAUUUCCACCAAUAUUCCUCCGCCAAUAUUCCCGCCAAUAUUCCUCCGCCAAUAUUCCCCCUCCAAUAUUCCUUCACCAAUAUUCCUCCACCAAUAUUUCCUCCACCCAAUAUUCCCCCUCCCAAUAUUCCUCCACCAAUAUUCCUCGCCAAUAUUCCUCCGCCAAUAUUCUCCGCCAAUAUUCUCCAAUAUUCCUCCACCCAAUAUUCCUCCGCCAUUAUUCCUCACCAAUAUUUCCCGCCAAUAUCCUCCGCCAAUAUUCUCCGCCAAUAUUCCCCCGCCAAUAUUCCUCCACCAAGAGGAUCUUAGACAUUUCUCUCCAUUUCAUUUCGCGAUUAAAUUUCUCAACAUAA